UCUUAAUCAGCUAAUCCAACUCAAGACAAUAGAAAGGGCUCUCAGCUCAGCUCAGCAGCUAACAAGAAGAAAAUAAUAAUGAAAAUGCAAAUGCAAAUGCAAAUACUAGUAUAUAGAGGAGGAGGCCAUCGAGAUCUGCGUGUAACACUGCGUUUGCUUGACGGAGAAGCUUGAAGGCAAAAUUCUCAGCUCAAUCGAACGUUAGAAUUAGAAAAAUUGUGUCUUCUUCGAAUCUUCAACAGCUGCAACUACAACAGCUACUUUAGUCUUUAAGUCCUUUUGGGUUCUUUAGUCUGCGUGUUCUUGAAGAAAUGCCCUCCACUCUCUGUCCUUAAAUUUACGCCCUUUUCUCUGUUCUUCUCUCUGUUUCUCACAGCUUCAACUUCAGAUCAUUUCUCCUUUGAUGGGUGUUAUUGCUCUCGCAUUCCUGAGCAAUUUCAAGGGAAAGAAGAGGAACUGCUGAGAGUCCACUGCGAUCACCUCCAAAACAUUUCAUUAACUUUAACUCUAUGAAGAUACUCUCAUUUCUUCUGGCUUUAGCAUUUCAAUUGCUCCUCAUUUUCCUUUCCCAAACUAGUGCUGACCUAUAUUCUGACAAACAAGCCCUUCUUAACUUUGCUGCUGCAGUCCCUCAUAGCAGGAAACUGAAUUGGCAAUCUAAUACCCCAGUUUGCAGUUCUUGGAUUGGUAUCACUUGCAAUACAAAUGGCUCUCAUGUAGUUGCCGUCCGUCUCCCUGGCGUUGGACUCUAUGGUCCUAUUCCACCCAACACACUGGGAAGGUUGGAUAAUCUAACGACUCUGAGUCUUCGCUCCAACUUCUUUAGUGAAGAAAUUCCCUCAGAUUUGCUAUCUCUUCCUUCCCUUCAAUAUGCAUACCUCCAACAUAACAACUUCUCAGGCACCAUUCCUUCAUCUCUCUCCCCCUUGCUUAACUCACUUGACCUCUCCUUCAAUUCACUCACUGGCAGUAUUCCUCCCACCAUACAAAAUUUGAAAAAUCUGACUAGUUUGAACCUGCAAAACAACUCCCUUUCUGGACCAGUACCUGAACUCAAUAUCUCAAGCCUCAAACAGUUAAAUUUGAGCUAUAAUCACUUGAAUGGUUCGGUUCCAUCUGUCCUCCAAAAGUUUCCUGCCUCGUCCUUCGAGGGGAAUAAUAUGCUAUGUGGACCACCACUAAAUCAGUGUUUGGCAUUCAUGCCCUCUCCUUCUCCUUCUCCUUCUUCUCCUUCUUCUCCUCCCCCCACCUUCUUACCGUUCCCUCCAACCAACUCUAAAAAACCAGCAAAUGGUUCCAAGAAGAAAUUAAAUACAGGGUCUAUUGUUGCCAUUGCCAUUGGAGGAUCUAUGGUUCCACUGUUUUUAUUUGUGAUGAUAGUGAUGUGUUGUUUGAAGAAAAAAGAUGAAAACAACGGUGCUCAAAAAGGAAAGAGUGUGAGGAAUGAGAAACCAAAGGAAGAUUUUGGGAGUGGAGUGCAAGAUGCUGAGAAGAACAAGUUAGUAUUUUUUGAAGGUAGUUCUUACAAUUUUGAUCUUGAGGAUUUAUUAAGAGCUUCAGCUGAAGUACUGGGGAAAGGAAGUUAUGGGACAACCUAUAAGGCCAUCUUGGAAGAGGGAACCACAGUAGUUGUGAAGAGGCUAAAAGAAGUGGUGGCAGGGAAAAAAGAGUUUGAGCAGCAAAUGGAAGCAGUUGGAAGAGUUGGUCACCACCCCAACGUGAUUCCUCUUCGUGCUUAUUACUACUCCAAGGAUGAGAAACUCCUGGUUUAUGACUAUGCAACAUCGGGAAGCUUUUUCUCAUUAUUGCAUGGAAGCAAUAAUUUUGGACGAACUCCGCUAGAUUGGGAAUCGAGAGUAAAGAUAUGCCUUGGAACAGCAAGAGGGAUUGCUCAUAUCCAUUCUGCUGGUGGGGGGAAAUUCAUUCAUGGAAACAUCAAGUCCUCCAAUGUACUCCUCACUCAAGACCAAUUCCACAGCUGCAUUUCAGAUUUUGGCUUAACUCCUAUAAUGAGUUACCCUUCGGUCCCAACUAGAUGUGCAGGCUAUCGAGCCCCUGAGGUGAUUGAAACUCGAAAAUCAACUCAAAAAUCCGAUGUCUAUAGUUUUGGGGUUCUCCUCCUUGAGAUGCUGACAGGUAAAUCCCCAAUUCAAUCUACAGGGCAAGAUGAUAUAAUUGAUCUUCCAAGGUGGGUCCAGUCUGUUGUUCGAGAGGAAUGGACGGCUGAGGUGUUUGAUGUGGAGCUGAUGAGAUACCAUAAUAUUGAGGAAGAGAUGGUGGAGAUGUUACAAAUAGCCAUGGCCUGUGUAGCAAGAGUGCCAGAUAUGAGACCAACCAUGGAUGAAGUGGUUAGGAUGAUUGAAGAAAUAAGGCCUUCUGAUUCUGUGAGCCAACCAUCAGAAGAGACCAAGGGAUCAAAUAUUCAUACUCCAUAAUCAAUUUAUCCAUGAUUUUAUUACAUGUAAAUUCAGGUAUGAUGCCAGUUCAAAAACAACCUAAACUGUUUCUGGUGGUGAGGCUACGAACUAGCAAGUGUCCAUAGAGAAAAUCCACAUGUAAGUAUUUCCUCGGGGCUAAACGUUUGUCCGGUGAUGUUAUCCUUUUAGCAUUUUAGAUUGCAAAUAUCUUCUCUUUAAAUUUCUUUCUUCUCAGCAAUUAUUGUACCUGAAGUCUGGCGAUAUGUUAUCAUCCAUUUACUUGUUUUCA